GGGAUGAAUUCGACGAGCAGUGUCAGAAGACAGGGUUUCCAUAGCUUCAAAAUUUGAACUUGUCGGUAGCAAGGGUCGGACCCUUGAGAUGUUCCGGCUCCAAGAGUCCUGAACCCGUUUAUCAUCAGUGUGGCAGAACUUGCCGUCCAAGCCUUGCCUCCUGUAGGCAAUUGAACCACUGCGCGAGCCUGGUUGUUCCGUUUGUCUCCGGCAGCCUUGAUUUCGAGUAUAGAACACUCACAUGCAAUAUGAUGCGCCACUUUGAUGUCCACAUUCACCUUGUUUUGAUUCAUUUUGGCGAGACACGAUGUAUUUUAAGGCUUGAUGAUGAUGGGUAGCUUGGUCAGACAUCGCUCAGCUUGAAUUCUUACAAGCUCAACAGCCACGAGCAUGGAUAAUGUCACGUACACCUUUAUGUUGGAAAAUGGGGCCGGGAGCUGCUGUCAUGUUCCAUUGCCGGAGCAUUGAGGAUGUAUUAUAGCAUAAUUGCGACUUGAUUGAGGACCCUUGCAGUGUUUGACAUCCGCUAUACUGACUGGUUCAGAUAGAUUCAAAUUUGCAAUGGCUUCAGCCCAAGGCCGCAGGCAGUGAGCCUUUGCAUCGGUCUUGCAUGUCAAUCUAUUUGGCAUGACCGGUGCCACCCAUGAUGCCUGGGCAGAAAGGGAGAGCGAGCCUAAUCCCGGAGCAGGGCAGGAGCACGAGAAUGAGGAAACUCUGCGCAAGGAACUGGAGGAGCGCCAAGCUUUGAUCCGACGCCUGCAAGGUGAGAGCUUCCUACUUGCCACGCAGGUGAAGCAACUAGAGCAGCAAAUCAUGGAUGCUAGCAAGGAUGCUCAAAGUUGCUCCUCCCAGCUUGCCCAAGUGUUGCAGCUGAUGGACAGUACCGGCGGACGCGUGCCGUUGAAGGGCGAGGUCGAUCGUGCGCGUGGGCUGGUGACGGCAGCUCGACGUUCCAUUCGCCGUGUGUCCUGCUGGUCCGGUGAAGAUCAGCUUCACAGCAGUCGAGGUGCACAGAAUGCGGGUGCAGCUGGGCCAUCUGCUCACGCGGCGCAUCGCAUGAAUGGCAAGACUGAAGUCGAGCGCACUUUGCCAGAGAGGCGGCCUUCACCACUGGGAAGGCUACAGUCCCCUCGGGGCGACCCUACACAGCGUGACUUGCACUCGGGGCUAGCUGCCUCGGCUGUUGCUGCUGUUGGCGAGGAUGCUAAAGGAGGAAUCAAUGGCAGUUUGCCUGCAGGAGCUUCUAGCAAAUCGUCAGAGCGGACAAGCAGGUCCAAAGGUGCCGUGAAGGACGCUCGGAGUCGGCGAGUGCGAGAGCGCGGAAGUGCGGAAGGACACAGUGAUGGGGACACCCCUGCCCUGCGGCCCUCAAGCGAGCAUCCUGUGACAGACUCUCAGUCCACGGCAUUGCAGAUGCAGCUAUCACAGGUGCAGCAAUCAUGCAUGCGGCAGCGGGAGCUUCUUAUUCGAGCUGUGCGCAAAGGCGCGCAGCUGGAGGACAAAGUCAAUUCCCUGACUGAUGAGGUCAUCAAAAAGGAUGUCGUAAUACACAAUUUGCGACAAGACCUGUCAGGCCAGCAGCAAGAAUUGAAGCAGCAGCAGCUUCAAUUUGAGCAGCACCUGCAGCAGAUGCAGCAGCAGCAACUGCAGCAACAGGCGUGCCAAAUUCAGGAAUUGCAACUCUUGCAAAUCCAACGCUUGCAAAAGGCAGCUCAGACUGAACAAGAGGCUCUGUGUCUUCCUCUUGAGCCGUCCUUCGGUUCUUCAACGUGACAUGUUUGCUGUGCAGUAUUUCGAUGCAGUAUUUUGCCUGGAAGAUGUUGCGCUUGUCCUAUUUUGGGACUAUGAUGCCAAUGGAGUUGCAGUGACAACUGCGGCAGCAAUACGGGCCUGGCAACGAGCUGCUCCUUUGCUAAGGGGUUGGACGCUCUGUGUGGUGCGAACUUGACAGAAAUCAUCGCUGUAAACAUUGCUUGGCUGACAUUGAUGGUUACACCCUGCCCCGGGGCUUCCAGUCUGUGCACUUACCUGAGUUGCUUUGACCUUACCCGUGCACUUGUAUGUUUAACACUGCUUGCAACCGAAGGUGAAGAUUAUACUUAAAUGGUCAAAGAUGACUCCAGGAAGUGUCCAGAGGUCUUUUUAAGCAAAUGCCCAGGGAGUUGGGAAACUUUGACCUUUCAGGCCGCCUGCAGCAUAGACUCAGAGCCAGCUUCAUUGGGAGAAAAGGCGUGAACGCUCAUAGUGACUGUACAAGAGAUCUUUUGUUGAUUUGUGCAGUAUAUGGUCUUCAACAUUGCUAACCUGCAGGUGGACCUGCAAUUUUUUCAAGCUGGGUUGGGCACGCGCUGACUCUCCAAUAUCCC